AGAUAAGCGCGUUCCGUGCUGCGAUGCUAUUCCUUAGGCGGGCGGUUUAAACGAUUAUACUCGAUUUCAUUUUAAAAAAAUCAUAAAAAGGACACGUUUGACUUUUUUUAACGGGGUUAAUUCUUCCACGUGACUCCUGCCGUCUGUGGGCUUAGUGUUCCUGCGAAUCUCGACUCCAGUUUUAAUCGUGCGAAAUGGAGUGUUACAGAAGGUGCUAAUCGGUCGUAAAUGAUAAAACGUUAUAAAAAUAUGAGAUCGUCCUUUCAGAUUGGCCUUUCAAUGGCGUAAUUGCCACUUUUAACCUUGAGAUAACAAAUAACAAACCGUCACGAUUGGCUAAUGAUAUAGUGUUGCGAAUUUAUUAGAAUAGUUCAAAUGACUAUUUAUGACGGACGGAGUCUCGUGAUCCUCGGCACAAGUAUUCUGCGUCGGAUGCAAUUCGAUUUAAUUCCAUUCUAAACGGAUUAUAUUUAUUUAUUUAUUUAUUUUAAAUAUAUUAUUUAUCUCACUCUAACAUACUCAGCUUUUUCGCGAAUGAACAGCCCUCUUCGACUUUGACAAGGGAGAGGAAAAGAGAAAAAUCCGUGGAAAAAAGGCCGCCUCGACGAGUAAACCCCCCCUUCAGACUGUGUGAUCCGAUCCUCGUGACACGAUAUCACACUUAGUGCCGUUCUCGCUUAAUCGACUUGUUUGGAAAGUUCAUUAAAAGUAAGGUUUGCCUUGUGCUGUUUACAGGUGGAAAUGGGAAAACUCACGCCUAUUCAUCGCCUACUUCUUCAGACAGAGCUGAUUUUCAAAACGAAAAAUGCUUUCCAGACCAGAAGUUUUUGUAGUCUCUACGCCAACAGUCCCGCGAACAAAAAGGAACGAGAUGCCAGUGCAAUGCAAAAGACGAAAUCUCCUGAUAUGUUUUAUUACUCAGACAUAACAGUACGUUUGGCCUCACCUGAAAGAUUGCAGUCUAAGCCUGAGGCAAGCGCUCUUAAAUUUGGCAAGCAUUUUACAGAUCAUAUGCUAAAAGUAGAAUACCACGAGAGCAUUGGAGGAUGGCAAAAGCCUAUCAUAUGCCCGAUGGAAUACAUUUCGCUUCAUCCAGCGGCAAAAGUGUUGCAUUACGCAAUCGAGCUGUUCGAAGGUAUGAAAGCUUAUAGAGGAAGGGAUGGACACAUUAGGAUUUUUCGACCCGAGCUUAACAUGGAAAGAAUGAAUAUGUCUGCAGCACGGUCAGGUCUUCCGCAGUUUGACGCAGAAGAACUGAUUAAAUGUAUGUGCAGAUUGGUUGAAGUAGAUCAAGAAUGGGUACCGCACUCAGAAGCAGCAAGUCUUUAUUUAAGGCCGACAUUUAUAGGAACUGAGCCUACUUUAGGUGUGCAAGUGCCAACCUCUGCUUUACUCUAUGUGAUCCUAUGCCCGGUAGGGCCGUACUUCGGGGCAACCCUUGCACCUGUGUCGCUCCUUGCAGAUCCCCAGUAUACGCGAGCAUGGCCGGGAGGAGUCGGAGACAGAAAAAUGGGCUCAAACUAUGCCCCAACGAUUCACGUUCAGCGAGAAGCCGACUCCAUGGGCCUUCAACAGGUGUUGUGGUUGUACGGUGAAGAUCUACAGAUAACUGAAGCAGGAACCAUGAACUUGUUUAUGGUAUUCAGGAAGAAAAAUGGAGAGAGAGAGAUGGCUACUUGCCCUUUGAAUGGUCUCAUUCUCCCUGGCAUUACAAGACUCUCGAUAUUAGAAAUUGCACGUGAAUGGAAUGAAUUUGAAGUCACCGAAAGGGAUGUGACAAUGGGUGAAGUGCUGAGUGGUUUGGAAGACGGUUCGUUGGAAGAAAUAUUUGGUACAGGAACAGCAUGUCUAGUGAGUCCGAUUGAAUCAAUACAUUUCAGAGGGAAAUUGCACAAAAUACCGACUAUGCAACAAGAAAAUCCGAUAUGCACUAGGUUAUUAAAAGCUUUGACGGAUAUUCAGUAUGGCAUGGUAGAUCACCCCUGGGCUCGAGUGAUUGAUUAGUGAUUUCAGAAGAAGGAUAAAUACCUGCUACAUAAACGUUGUUUGUACUUGUUACUAGUUGUAAAUACGUAUGCGUCUUAUAAACUGUAAUUCAAAGGAAUAAACUACAUACGUAAUAAAUAUGAUUGGAUUGAAUAAUAAUUCAAAAAUGAAGAAUAUAUGUUAAA